AUGGUCUCGCCCGAACCAUCGUCCGACUCUUCCUCCGAACAUGGGUCUUCUGGCUCAGACGAUUCAGACGGCGAGAGUCCAGGACCUACGAGCGUAGGAAUGGACAGAGCGGAAGGCGUCUCGGCACAGGAGGCGGAGAUGCAGGCUUCGCGCCUCGUCGACGAGUGGUACGAGGCCUGCCCGACCUAUACCUGGCGCUGGAUCCUCGCCGAACACGCGACCUCGAUUCUCGUGACGGAACUGCAAGACGCGGACGCUCCCUACGGCAUCUGGGAGACGGUUCUCGGCGUCUGUGUCGAGCGCGGAGCGUUUUCUGAGGCCGCUCGACUGCAUCGACCGCUUGUCCAAUCCGCCUUCGCCCUGCCUCUCACCACCGCUGCCUCGACAGCCAACAUCCUUGACGUCCUCCGCCUCACGCCGUCCCCCCAUGCUCUCCUUCAUACUGCCCUUCUCCCGACUCUCCUCUCGUCCGCCUUCGAAGACCGCUUCUUCUUUCACUCCUUCCUCGUCCUCUCCCCGUCGAAGCUCGGCGCGGCGAGCGAAGUCGCCAUCGAGGUGUUGAGCGUACUAAGCGACGUCGCUAUGAAGAUGGUCUCGACGCUGCAGGAGCUGCGCGACGAGGAGGAGGACGACGAGGAGAACGAGGGACUAGCGGAGAUGGUUGACGAGGUGCUCGCGAGGAUAGUCAAGCAGGUCAAGGCUGCCCUGCCGCUCCUCCUCGAAUUCCCGCCCGACUCGCACGUUUCCUACGAACAGACACGCUUCGAGCGCUGGCAAAGGCUGAGUCGUCUCGAACGACUGUCGGAGAUGGCGCACGCGGUGCUACAUGCGGCCAAAAAUCGCCUGGCCGACGAAGACGCGGACGGGCCGGCAUCCGAACUCGUUGCACUCGCACUGGUGGCCGAGCUCGAAGCUGUCACGUUGCGCGAGGUGAACCUUCGCUCUUCGCGACACAACCUCGAACGCCUCGACCGCCUGCUCGCCCUUCCUCCAGCCGUGACACUACGUUCCCCUUCCUCGCCGAAUCCGACUUCCGACCACGACUCCUCCGACGACGCCGAAUCGUGUCUCCUCGUCGACUAUCUGAGCAGCUACUACCUCUCCUCCCGCACUCGUAAGACGAAAGUCGUCAACUGGCACACCAGCCGGACCAUCGACGACAUCGCUUUCCUCGUGCAAGAGUUCCUGUGCGUGUCCAACAUGACCGACAUGCGCCAACGACGUCGAGACGAUUUUGCGCGAUGCAUCAUGCUUGCCUGCCGGCGUCGUCGGCUGCUAGACAACACAGAAGUCCGGGUCGUCGAAGGUUGGCUUGUGAAGCUCGACGGUCGACGCGCCAGGAAGGAGCGGCCACGCCAAUCCUCGAAGUCGCCAUCAGUUGAGGAGGAGAGGUUGGCGGCCGGCCUGUCGACAGACUACGAAGAGACGCCGGCGCCGAGUGCGCCGCCGAAACGCUUGAGGAAACAAACGUCGCGCGGCACCUCACCCAGACAUCGCGACCGCACGAUCCGCUCCUCGUCGAUUGAGCUUGACGAUGACAGCGCAGACGCAGAGUCGGACAUCGAGAUCGUCGAGCCGGCAUUCAGCCUGUCUCGACCCGCACGACAGAUCGAACGAACCGGCUCGACAGCAUCGUCCGCAUCGUCUCGCAUUGCGGCGCGGGAAUGCAGUGCAGGCUCGGUGUCCAAGCGGCAGCAAGCUGCUCACGUCAAGCCUGUCGAGAUUGUCGUUCUCGAGCCGUCUCCGUCUCCCGACCUUCCCUCUCCUUCGGCACCCAUGCCUCGCUCGACUACCUCCUCUACCGCUUCUUUCGACCAGCAGUCGCGCCUCAAGCCGCCUCGCUCUCGUUCGCCCGACCCAACCGCUACGCCGACUUCGUCGGAACCCGACGACCUCGAUCUACUACGUUCGGCCCGACGACGCCCCUCAAAACGCCCGCCGCCCGUCCGCGACAAUCGGGCAUUAGCCCCUGCUGCACCGAAGCCUCGUUCGGCGGGCAAAGCGCCGCCUAGCCCAAGCCCGAGUCCACCUGUCGAUAAGCGCCGCCGAGUCGAAGCUUCGGACCGCGCCGCGUCGACCCAUACUACCCGAUCCUCGCGGACGGGUGCGGAUUGGCAUCGGGCUACUGCGCAAGAGGUCGCCAUCAAGCGAAGAAGAGUCUUGGUGGAGGAGUCGAGUGAGGACGAGCUGGCUUUGUGA